CUCGCUCGAUAAUUUUUUAAAGUAGAAUAUUUUUAGAAGCCAAAUCAAAAUUGUAAAGUAAAGGAAUAAUUAAAAAAAAACAAGGUGCGAAAGUCGAUCUGGUAGACUGAGAAGAGCGCGCUCGCCCCUAGGCGAUUAUUCCGUUUUGACUAUUACAUGUGAUCGGUGGGAAGUGAGAUUCCGGUGCGCCAUUGUCUAUUGACGGCUCACGUGACGUCCCUUUUACACUUAUUAGUUGUCAUUAGUUUUAAUACCGAGGAAAUUUCGUCAGUUGUCAACUUGUUUUUUAUAGAUCAUAGCCGUUAAAAUGGACACGCGGAAGUUAAUCGAGGUCUUCAGGGGCACGUUGAAUUCUGCACAGAGGGAAGAAGCAGAAGGACAAAUCACCCAGAUGAAAAAAAUUAUUGGUUUUGGACCCACAUUGUUACAAAUGGUAAUGAUGUCAGAUGUUGACAUGCCUGUAAGACAAGCCGGUGUGAUCUAUCUUAAAAGUUUGAUAACUCAACACUGGUCGGAUAAAGGGGCCAUUGGCGACGCUAACAAUCCUAUGAACUUCAUAUUCCACGAACAAGACCGAUCCAUGAUAAGAGACUCAAUCGUAGACGCUAUCGUUCACGCUCCUGAGCUAAUUCAAGUUCAACUGGCAGUGUGCAUUCAUACGAUGGUGAAACACGACUUUCCAGAAAGGUGGACCCAGAUUGUAGAUAAGAUCAGCAUUUAUCUUCAAAAUCCCGAGUCAGCAGGAUGGGGUGGUGCUCUACUCUGCCUCUAUCAACUCGUCAAAAACUUCGACAGAUAUCGAAAAGCCCAGGAACGCGGACCGUUGAACGACGCCAUGAAUCUCCUCUUACCACUUAUAAACGAGCUAUGCAUCCGACUUUUACCUGACGAUUCGGAACAGUCGGUAGCCUUACAGAAGCAAAUUCUGAAAAUAUACUUUGCCCUUACGCAGUACGUCCUACCUUUGAACCUUAUUACGAGAGAAAUGUUCGCCCAGUGGAUGGAAAUUCUGAGGCAGAUAAUAGACAGGCCGGUUCCUGAACAAACCCUCCUCAUCGAUGAAGACGAACGACCCGACCUUCCAUGGUGGAAGUGUAAAAAAUGGGCUUUACACAUUAUACACAGAAUGUUCGAAAGGUACGGUUGCCCAGGAAGUGUUGAAAAGGAAUACAAAGAAUUUGCGGAAUGGUUCUUGAAGACGUUCUCAUGCGGGAUUUUAGAAGUUCUGCUUAAAAUAUUAGCCCAGUAUACAAGGAAAAUUUAUAUACCACCGAGAGUAGUCCAGCUGUCGCUUAACUACAUCACACUCGCUGUAAAUCAUGCUCAUUCUUGGAAAUUUCUUAAAGAGCACAUGUUUCCAAUAAUUCAAGAUGUAAUUUUCCCUUUACUGUCUUAUUCACAAACAGACGAGGAGCUUUGGGAGUCAGAUCCACAAGAAUACAUUAGAGUCAAAUUUGACAUUUUCGAAGAUUUUGUCUCUCCUGUUAACGCCGCUGCAUCCCUCCUUAUUGCCUCAUGUAAAAAGAGGAAAAACAUGUUAGAAAGGACUAUGCAAUUAAUCUUGGAAGUAUUAAAUUCAGACACCGGGCCUCGGCAAAGAGAUGGCGCACUUCACAUGGUGGGCACAUUGGCGUCAAUUUUAUUCAAAAAGAAGCCCUAUAAAGAACAAAUGGAACAAAUGAUUGUUAGAUACGUAUAUCCUGAAUUUCAAAGUCCUUAUGGCCAUAUGAGAGCAAGGGCUUGUUGGGUUAUUCAUUCCUGUGACGAGUUGAAAUUUAGGUCUGAUGAAAAUCUCGCGACUGCUGUUACUUUUGUGACAAAUGCUUUGCUUACUGACAGAGACCUUCCGGUCAAAGUCGAGGCUGCCAUCGCGAUUCAGAUGUUGCUGUCCGAACAGGAGAAAGUUGAGACAAUCCUGCGACCUCAGGUUAACAUGCUCGCUUUAGAACUACUUAAUUUAAUCCGUGAAACCGAGAAUGAUGAGCUUUCAUCAGUAUUACAAAAAUUUGUGACCACGUAUCCUGAGGAAAUUGCGAAAAUCGCCGUUGAAAUGUGUCAACACUUGGCACAAUCAUUCAAGAUUGUUGUUGACACCGACGAAGGUUCAGAUGAAAAAGCGAUAACCGCCAUGGGCCUCCUGAACACGAUCGAAUCGAUUAUUUCAAUGCUGGAAGAUUAUCCGGCGAUCCUGGCACAUGUACAAUCAACGGUACUUUUUGUCGUCGGCCACAUUUUUACAGGAAAUCUUAUGGAAUUCUAUGAAGAAGCUAUGUCCUUGGUCUAUGACCUCACAACAAAAUCUAUAUCAGAAGAUAUGUGGAAAGUCUUUGAACAUAUGUAUAGAGUGUUUGAAGAAAAUGGUCUCGAUUAUUUUACUGAUAUGAUGCCUGCUCUUCAUAAUUAUGUUACUGUCGAUACUCCAGCAUUUCUCUCUAAUCAGGAUCGUCUCUUGGCCAUGUACAAAAUGUGCAAAGCCGUGCUGACGGCCGACACCGGUGAAGAUCCAGAAUGCCAUGCGGCUAAACUAUUAGAAGUUAUUAUUUUACAAUGCAAAGGGCAAAUUGAUCAGUGUAUAUCGCCUUUUAUUGAAUUAGUAUUAGAACGUCUGACAAAGGAAGUGAAGACGUCAGAAUUAAGAGCCAUGUGCUUGCAAGUUGUAAUCGCUGCGCUUUAUUACAACCCGGAACUUUGGUUGAAGACGAUGGGCGAAAUCCAACUCUCCGUCUCGCCUGGUGUCUCGAUUAGCGAGCAGUUCAUAACACAGUGGAUACACGAUGCAGACUGCUUUCUCGGCCUGCACGAUAGGAAAUUAUGUGUGCUUGGAUUAAGUACUUUGAUGGCGAUGGGCUCAAAAGGGCCAUUGGCUGUGAACGACUGUGCUCCUAGGAUAAUCCCUUGUCUAAUUUUAGUUUUCGAAGGCCUCAAACAAGCUUAUGCAGCAAAAGCACAGGAAAAUCAAGAAGAAGAGUCAGAACAAGAAGGUUCAGAAGAUGAAGAAAUUCUUUCCUCUGAUGAAGAUGAAGUGCUUCCUUCAUAUCUUGAAUCGCUGAAUAAUAAAGUAAACAAAGGAAAAAAUUCAAUGGUGUUCUCGGUUUCAGCCUCCAUGCAGGAUGGCAAUGAUGACGAUGAUGAUGAUGACGAUGAUGAAGAUGAUGAGGAUUAUGAGGUAGAUGACACCGGACUAGAAGCAUACACCACCCCUCUUGAUGAAGAGGAUACCGAGAUCGAUGAAUAUGUCGUAUUUAAGGAAGUCCUCCAAACACUCGAAGGCGCUGACCCAUUAUGGUACAAUGCCUUAACAUCAAAUCUAACCCCCGAACAACGUAACGCACUUGUGGAAGUUCUAGUCCUUGCCGACCAAAGGAAAGCCGCGGCAGAAAGUAAAAAGAUCGAGCAGCGUGGAGGUUAUAACUUUGUCACUCAGACAGUACCGACGUCAUUCAAUUUUGGAGGCAAGCCCUUGGGACGGUAAAGCACUGCGAGCCGCUAUCAUCAGCUCAAAAAACAAAUACAUGAAUUACAAAAAUAUUACAUUGUGAAACCAGUUUUCAUUUGUUUGAAGAGAAUCAAGUGUAAACAGAAACUGUUCCUUAUUUUAAAAAUUGAUAAAUGGAAAAUAUUUUAUGUAAAUAUGGUAAUUAUUGGUAGUGUAUGAUUUAACGGUGGAGAUUGAGGAGAAAGUGAAAAAAAAUUCGGAUCGAAUUGUACAGAUUACAUGUCAAUAAUGUUAAGUUGAAAUUAAAGAUUAAAAAAUAAUAAUAAAAAGAGUGACAUGGAUUUUAAUUUUCAUUCUAUUUGUAACAAUUUUGGCCACAUCUUCUUUGUGUGUGUGAGUGUGUAUAUAGGGUCCCUUUGAUCUAUCUACUGUUAUUUCAACUCCUCAAUUCAUCACAGAGUUACAAAAGAAUCACUAGGCUCAAACGGUGGUUGAAUAUUUUUAUAAUAAAAGUUAAAUUAUUUUAAUUUGCCAAAAUGUAAUAUUGUACUCAAGUUGAUCGUUUUGAACUUCCUGCAGCUGUUGACUAAUGUUUAAGUUUCCAGAACCAGUCCCAUAAUGGAAUAUGUCUAAAAUAUAAGAGGAGUUAUGAAAGGGGCAUAAUUUUAUAUUAUGUUUUUAAUUAUUUAGGUAUUACAUAGCUAUUGUUUCUUUUUAGAUUUUUUUCUAUAAACUUUUCUAUUUUAUUAUAACUGAAGAAAUACUUUUUAAAUUCCUGUCAUGUACAACUAGUUCAUCCUGAAAAAAUUACAUUUUCCAUAACUUUCUUAUAUUUUUAUUAAAAAAUAAGCUGUGUUAUUCCAAUUUUUUUUUGACAAAAUGCUUAAUUGCAAAUACACAUUAAACAAUUUAAUUUUGCUACAUUAAUGUUGACGUGCCAUUUAUCACAAAACUCAAAUGGUUAAAUGACCACAUAACUUCAAUAUUUAAAAUGGCAACGUUUUUAGUUUUUCUUUUUUAAAUAUAUUUAUAUAUAUUGCUCGCAGUACAUAGUUUAAUGUGAUGUUAUUUAUUAAGUGCCUUCCAUUUUUUAAUGGUAUGACGUAUUAUUUAAAAAAAAGGGAUGUUUAAAACUCUACAAUGUACAUGUUACCGCAUUUAAGCCCAUUUUGAUGUAUUUCGUCGUAAUAAGUAAAUGUAAACCGAUGAGCUUUUAUUUUUAUUUGUAUGUAAUUUAAUGUUUACCC